AUGGCUCGCUCAGUAACGUCAAAGAAUAUCUUCGUACUGACAAAAUACUCUCGCGCAACGAUAAAACAGUCUAGCAACACGCAGGCCUCUCAAGGCUCGAAGGCAGACUGCGAGUGGCAGCACCAUACCCAGCCUAUUCUCCGCGUCCUUCUCGAACUCAGCAAAUCUGCACAAGGUGUUCCCGAGUCCGAGGAUGUCGACCUCCUUGUGGUUAGAAAGCACAUCCACCCGUUUCCGACACAGGGUCUUCCGUUGAAAGCAGUCUACCGUGACAACACGGUCGGAAUUCGCUACCUGCCCCCGCAAGCCAAGUCAAACGCACCCUCUGAAUAUCGCCGAUUUCAGAUGACAUUUCAAUCCUCCUCCGAUUCUGCUACACUCAUUGAAGCUAUACGAGACGUUUGUCCCUGCAAACUAAGCCCUGUCGGUAAUCCUGCUCCUUCCAUGCAACCCUCACUGCCUGGUCCAAGUUACCCCGGAACGUUACUGUCAGGUUCUCAGCAAACACAAGCAAGCUUCCCUGCACCAUUACAGUCUUCUCAGCUAUUCGAAACUUCUUCGGGAUGCCGACCUAAACUGGCGAUGACACAAUGCACAAACGAUCGUCCCUCCACAUCUUCUCAGAUGGGCCACACUUCUGAUCGUCCUAUGGAACUUUCUCUGUCUCAUCUCCACCAAUCUCGUCAGAAUAACGCCACCGUUCCUUCAAUUAUUAACCAUAUUAAACCCAUAAUACAUCAACAGCAAGCCUAUCAGCCCAUGGCAUCAUCGCUUUCUCGUCAUGCGUCCCUGUCGCACCACCAAUCGACAACUGGAACGGAACGCUCUUCGCCUUCUUCACUUUAUCCAACACAGGCACUUCGACGGUCCGAAAGUCAACAAGCACUGCUACUCCAACAACAUCAUGCUGCUCAACGGCCAUCCAUGGUCACCUGCGACGAACGUCCACAUCCAAUGAGCAUUGGCUCUGGUGUGGACGAAACCCGAUUCGACCAUAACGUCCCGCAUCCCACGUACAUGCCGACGCCGCCUGCCUCUUCCCAAAGCAAUGCCAAUACCAAUAGCACCACAAACUAUCACACUAUCUGUUCUAGUAGCAAUAUCGGUACUAUCUCUAACAGUCCUGCUCGGUCUUCGCGCAAGCCGCCCGCGGAAAGUGCCGUUACUGAUGCCUUGUCCCCUCCUGUGGCUGCAAGUGAAACGACUGGCUUACUGCACUCACUUUACGAUGCGACCCAGCUUGACUUGCUCUCCCGUGAUGAACUGGAACGACUUGUGGCUCACGUAGUGCGAGAAGAUGGGUUUGCUGAACUACUUGAAAAACUUGAUAAUCUUUGGCAAUUGAAGGCCAUAGUCAAUAUGUAA